ACAGGCGAACGAGGAUCCAGAAGGUCGAGGCGGGGAACGUAGUCGGGGACAGGCAGGGUCGGGAAACCGGGACGGAAUACAGGCGAACUAGUAUCCAGAAGAACGAGGCGGGGAACGUAGUCGAGAACAGGCAGGAUCGGGAAACCGGAUACCGGGAACAGGAGACAGGCGAAUUGCUGGAGAGACUUGCAUGAACCAAACAGCGAAGACAAUCUGGCAACAGGUGAACACUGUUCAGCUAACUUAAAGGCUCCACUAAUCACCUGAUGCAGCCCAGCUGCGAAGUUGAAAGAGGCGUGGCAGACAGACCGUGACAAGUUGUUAGAUAUUUGCUGCAGUGUGCUCUACAACACAGCAGACAAGACAAACACGACACAAAAAUAGGAAGCCAAGGGCAUUACAUUUUGAGAAUCAUUCUAGGAAGAGGAACUUUUUUUUUACAUUUCCUCUAGCCUGCAAUAAAGACAGUUCGUAGGCUAUAGUUCUAAUAACGGCUGGUUAGAAGAAAAUGACAAUUCUAGGGAUUAUGCUCAUCAUUCAAGGCGUGUGGAGCAGCGACUGGGCUGUUGAGUACCAAAGCCAGUGCGCUCUUAGAGGGACAUCAGUAACAAUACCAUGCUCUUAUAGCCAUCCACCCGGUCAUAGGGUCACUUCGGUCAACUGGUACAUAGGAGGGCCAAGACCUGGCAGCUGGGUUAGCAAUCUCUUCUUCAACUCCUCCUCAAUGAAAGGACGUGUUCAAUACCUGGGUGACACAUCUGGUUCGUGCACAUUGAAGAUCAACAGGCUACUUGACUCUGACCAAGCAGGGUACUUUGUUAGUUUAAAGACAGACGAUGAUGGGUUCACUUCACCAUAUAUUACUUUGACCGUUCAAGACCCAGGGAUCACUGCCGUUGUACCGACCGUUGUUAAAGAGAGGGACAUGGUGAGUCUGACCUGCAAGUCAAAAUGUAUUGGCUAUCCCCCAGCCAACAUGGUAGUGUGGUCACGAGAUGGAAAAGCAGUGGCCAGUCCAACGUUCCGGGCCGGGCUGGACGAUGCAGGGAGUUACCAGUGUGCCUGGGAGAGACUGCAGUCUAACACAGUAACCCUCGAUGUUCAAUUCCUUCCACGGAACACAACGGUGUGGGUCGAACCCCAAGGAGAGCUGUUGAAAGGAAAUAGCGUGAACCUGACCUGCAGCAGUGCUGCCAACCCACCCGUACACAACUACACCUGGUGGUGGUACAGUGGUACUGCACCACCCCCCGCCAGCUACAUGCUGGUCCCCAUCGGAACGGGACAGGUGUUGCACCUGGCCUCUCUGGUGACCUCUCAGACAGGAUAUUACCUCUGCCAGGCCACGAAUACUCUGGGGGAGAGCAACUCCUCUGCACUGCUGCAGAUUGAGGGAACCACACUGGCAGACAGAGCAUCUGUAUUCAUCAGAUCUGGAGUAGUAGUCACUGUCCUUGUGGCCCUCACUGUGCUGGUUUGCUUUUGUUCACGGAAACAACCAAAGACCAAGGAAAACCAACACAGCAUGGCUACCAGCAGCCCCAUUGGGAGGAGCCUCAACUCUUCAACCAAUCCCGACCCAGACUCCAUGUAUGCCAACGUACACAUGUCUUCAUUACCCAAUCGGUCACUGACUCCUCCCCAGGUUCUCAAUGACGUCCACACGCAUGACUCAGGACAGACCAACAGAAGCAGGGGAUGCAGCAGGACACUCUGUGAUCUACAGCUCAGUGGCUGAAGCAACAUGAGAAGAGCGCAGCCGGGAUUGGAAGGCCUCGAUUGGUGGCCUAUGCAUGCUUUUGGUUUAACAUUUGUGUGUUUUAGCAAUAGUCUUUGGUUUGUGAUAUGAUGGGAAUCUACUGAAUUUAACCCUUGAUUGAAAAAAAGAUAUAAGGAUUGGCUGAAUGGGUCAAACACAUGAGUUGUACCCUGGAGACCAGGGUUAAGGUCCUGUAUUCUUUUUUAGACUAAGGUGACUUAUUAAUUUACAACUACUUGGUUAGGUUUAAGCAACACAACAACUUGGUUAGGAUUAAGCAACAAAACAAAUUUGUUAGGUUUAGGCAACGCAACUACCAUGUAAUCAUAACUACUUAGUUAUGUUUACAUGGUGAGGGUUAGGCACGACGAAUUCUGCCAGAAAAGGCUGUCAAACUUCUCCCAUGUAAGGAUACCACGAUCUAACCCAGUCUAACUCAGUUACAGUGGACAUAGUAUUCAUGAAUUACGCAGCUUCAGAAUCAUUCUCAUGAUUUUACCAUUAGGAUUUGUUUAUGAAUGUGAAACAGUAGUAGGUUUCCAUAACUUUUCCCUUUUAAAGUGAAACACAACCAGAACACUUAAAAAUUAAGGCAUUUAUUACCAUACUGAACAAAAAAUCAUGAAAAUCAAUGAUGCAUAAAAAGUCAAAAGUCAAAGUCAAAGUCAGCUUUAUUGUCAACACUUCACAUGUACAAGACAUGUGAGGGAAUCGAGAAAACGUUUCCCCCUAUCCCGCGG